CUAUACCCUAUUCGAUUAUAUUUCAAAACAUUAGUCAUAUUAAAAGUGUGUGAAUUUAUUACUGAAGUAGUUCAAUCUAAUUCUGCUUUUGGUCCAUGUCCCAGGUAUAUUUGUAAAUGUGAUGAGAUUCAAAGUGAUAUAUGCGAAACGGCAACAGUAGCUAUUUCUUCUGUAUAUCAUCAACUUUUCAAAAUCAAGACAAAAUUUUCAGGUCUGGAAAUAGUAAGAAUUGGCUCUAAUGAAAUUACAACUAAUUUAGCAGGCCCUGGAUUUAAAUCAGCCUUUAUAUAUCAAUAUAAUAAAAGUCGAGCUUUGUUUUUUCAAGAAAUUGAUAAAAAUCACUGCAGAGUAACAAUUUACUACGAAUGCAAUGCAUGUAUAAACUUUAUUGAACAAAAUCCAGAUUUAGUUUGGUCAAAAAUUGGAAUUCUACAGCAAUAUAAUGGAAAUCAACUUUUUGAAUUAACUAAUCAAUACACCAAAAACCUUAUACAAGCAGCUCAAAUCCCAUGUUGUACUUUGAAUGAAUGGAAUAACAAAGAAAUAAUGACUAAUAUUUACAAUUACCACCUUAAACGUCAUAUAAUGGUGAAUAUAAAUUGGUAUCAAUUUUUUUGCAAUUGGUUAGAACAACCAAAUAUAAUUAUUGAAUUAAGUUGUUCUGAUAUUACCUCAUAUAAAAAAGAUCAGUCAAAAUUCGAGUUUUGGUCUCGGUCCAUUACUCUGAAUAGUGAUAGAAGUUCUUUGUCUAUAUUAUAUGAUAUUGGAUUUGUUACUUCAGCUCCCUUAUACUCCUCUAUGAAUGCUUUUUGGAAUUCUUUUCACAAUUCUUUGGAAAUUAAUAAAUGCGGCAUAGAUGGGUGUCAACGUGUAUUAUCUAUAAUUGCUAAUGAUUUCAACUAUGAAGUUUCGAAUGAUUUAAUUUGUGCUGCACGAAAGCAUGCACAUAUUUAUGGGCCUGGAGGAUUAGUUACUAACAAACCUGUAAUUAGACAUAAAAAAAUGUUAUCAGAAAAAAAUGUACAAUUACAAUCUUUUUUAAUGGACAAAGCUAAUGUCAUAAUGAGCUCAUAUAAAACUGACCCUAUUACAAAUGAACCAAUAUUACAUGCAAUCAAUCGAUAUAUUCGUUUAGACUUUGAUGUAACAGUAGGACAAGAUAUUAAGAAUGUGAUCAAAGGAAUUAAAAGGACUUUUGUUGCAAAUCUGAAUCCUAUUCAGAACAGAGGUAGUGGUGAAUGGAAAAUUUUUACUAUAGCAGAAUUAGAUAAAUUUCGCAAAAAAGAUAUUAAUAAGCCUACACCACAAGUAUCGAUACAUACUACACCUUCAUCAGAAUAG